GUACAUUGUACGGUGUGUCCGAUACUCCGAUAUGUUAUCUGUAACGAUAAAUAUAUAUAUAUACAACAUUAUGUGAUUAUUAUGUGUGUCCGCCGUCGUGCGUAAUGAUAAAUAAAGCAGUCGUACUUUGUCAAUGCUCGUGUGUGUACCUUCGCCUAUCUUAUAUAUAAAAUACGUAACAUUUGGCGACGAAGAUGAAAAUUCGGUGAAAAUAUUAUUUAAUUUUCUUGUUGUGAUUAUAAUGUCGAAUAUUUCGCAAUACAUACCGGGUUCGGAAUCAUUCAGUAAUUAUUUAGAUCGAUUAAACGCGCAGUUGACCGUUUUAAAAGUUAAAGAGGCUGAUAAAAAGUCCUAUUUAAUCGCAUACAUUGGUUCGGAAGCAUAUAGUCAAUUAAAAGAUGCUUGUUUGCCGGAGGAACCACAAUUAAAGUCAUACGACGAGUUAGUGUCCAAAUUGGAAGAAAUAUAUUCACCACGUCGUCUUGUAGUGAGUGAAAGAUUUAUUUUUAACCAACGUACACAGAACCAGGGUGAGUCAACUCGGGAGUACAUAACAGCAUUAAAAAAAUUAUCAAGUUUUUGUGUAUUUGGUUCGUUUUUAAACGAUGCACUGCGAGAUCGGCUUAUUGUAGGGAUAAGUGAUGAAUCGUGUCAACGAAAAUUACUUGGUAUAGAGUCCCUAACGUUUGAAGAAGCAUGUAAAAUUGCUUUGGAUUCGGAGUUGGUUUGUAAUCAAACACAACAAAUGAACAAUAAAUCACAAGUAAAUUUUAUCAAUAAUGGGAAAAAUGUGUCUCGUCAAACACAUUCGUCAUCGAAGUCGGAACUCAAGUGGAACGGAAAUUCUGGUGGAAAACCGUGGUCUGGGAAGUCGUCAAAACCUGGUCAAAAAAAUGGUCAGUCAAUUCAGCACGGCAGUCAAAGUUCACGAAGUCUUAAGUUUGGUCAAUGCUAUAGAUGUGGAAGGAAGCACGAUGUCCGUACGUGUCCAGCCAGAGAGUGGGAAUGUUUUUCAUGUAAAUUAAAAGGUCAUACGUCGAAAAUGUGUAAGACAAAAAUUAAAAAUAAUUUAGAGUCUAUUGAUUUAGUAAAUAAUGUGUCUCAGAAUAGUGGGGGAAAUCCACUUGUGAUUAAAAUCAAAGUUAAUAAUAAGCUUAUUCCGUUUGAAGUAGAUAGUGGAGCGUCGGUUUCAGUUAUGCCGAUUAAAUAUUUUAAUAUGUAUUUUAAUAAUUCAUGUAAAUUAGAAAAAAAACAUAUUCAAUUAAGUUCUGUAAAUUGUGAACCAGUCAAGGUUUUAGGUCAAACACUUGUAAAUGUCGAGAUGUCAAAUCAAAAAAAUAUUAAACUAUAUUUAAUUAUAAAUGUAAUUAACAAUAUUAAACUCAAGUUUCCCGGGGUGGUUAAAUUAAAUGAUAAACCAGCUGAUUAUAUAAAAGACCAUGAGGUCAAUUUAUCUUUAAAAGAAAAUAGCGUACCAGUUUUCCAUAGAGCAUAUCAAGUACCAUAUGCACUAAAGUCUGCUGUAGAAAUUGAGUUAAAUAGAUUAGAAGUUGAAGGAGUUAUAAGUAAGGUUUCAAUUAGUGACUGGGCAUCGCCUAUUGUAGUAGUACCAAAAAAAAAUAAUAAAAUUAGAAUAUGUGUAGAUUUAAAAACUACCUUAAAUCCAAAAUUACAAAUUGAACAACACCCAUUACCAAGAGUCGAUGAUGUGUUUAAUGAGUUAUCCGGGGGAAGUGUAUUCACUGUUUUGGAUUUAGCAGAAGCGUAUUUACAAUUACAGGUUGCACCUGAAAGUCGUAAGUUUCUUACAAUUAAUACUCAUAAAGGGUUGUACUGUUUUAAUCGUUUAUGUUAUGGGGUAGCGUCAGCGCCAAGUAUAUUUCAGUCAGUCAUGGAAAAUAUUUUACGAGGUGUUUCUAAAGUACAAGUAUAUUUAGAUGACAUAAUAAUCUGCGGCUCGUCAAGGUCAGAGUGUGAAGAAAAUGUUAAUGCGGUGUUAGAACGUUUAAAUGAGUAUAGAGUUAAAGUAAAUUUUGAGAAAUGUCAGUUUUAUUGUUCAAGUGUACAAUUUCUAGGUCAUAAAAUAGAUUGUCAAGGCGUACAUCCCGAUGGAAAUAAAAUGGAUGCGAUAAGAAACGCACCGUGCCCUAAUGAUGUAGUACAAUUAAAAUCAUUUCUCGGUCUCAUAAACUAUUAUCAACGUUUUAUUCCAAUGUCGUCAUCUAUAUUAGCUCCCUUGUACAAUUUAACAAAAAAUAAAAUACCUUGGAAUUGGUCUGACGAAUGUCGAUCAGCGUUUGAAAAUAUAAAACAGGUAUUAAUAAAAAGUCAAUUAUUAGUCACGUAUAAUCCAGAUUUACCUCUAGUAGUUACGUGUGACAGUUCUAGCUAUGGUGUCGGUGCAGUUCUUAGUCAUUUGAUAGAUGGGGAGGAGAAGCCAAUUUUAUUCGCGUCUAGCACCUUAUCAGCGGCAGAAAAAAAUUAUGCACAAAUUGAGCGUGAAGGGUUAGCAAUAAUCUUCGCAGUAAAAAAAUUCCAUAAAUACUUGUUUGCACGCAAAUUUAUUUUAGUAACUGAUCAUUUGCCGUUAAAAUCAAUUUUUAAUCCGUCAAAGAAUAUACCUGUUGUAGCUUCAUCUAGAUUACAAAGAUGGGCAGUUAUAUUGUCUAGUUAUCAGUACGAGAUUCAACAUAGGAAGGGGGUAGACAUAAGUAACGCAGACGCGUUAUCAAGAUUACCUCAAAGUAGUAAUACUGGGGAAAAUGCUUGUUCAAUUUUAUUAUUAGAAAAUUUACCUUUAACGUAUAAGGAAGUGAGCAAAAAAACGAGUACAGACGAAGUAUUAAAAGAAAUAAGUCAGUAUACGAAAGAAGGUUGGCCGGGGGUAAAGUCGUUAAAAUCAGAUUGCCAACAAUAUUAUAAAAGACGGGAAGAAUUAUCGUUAGUAAAUGACUGUUUGAUAUUAGGUAAUCGCGUAGUAAUUCCAAAGUCAUUAAGAGAAGACGUAUUAAUGUUAUUACAUAAAAACCAUCCGGGUAUUGUUCGUUCGAAAAUGCUCGCAAGGUCGUAUGUAUGGUGGCCUAAUAUCGAUAUUGAUAUAGAUAAGUUUAUUAAGUCGUGUACGGAAUGCCAAUGUAAUCAAAACGAUAAGAAUGUUAGUGAGAAAGUGUAUAUUCCGUGGGAAAAUCCAUCAGAUUCUUGGAAAAGAAUACACAUCGAUUUUCUAGAAAUAAAUCAAGUUAAAUUAUUAAUCAUUGUUGACAGUUUUAGCAAAUGGAUUGAGUGUUUUGCAAUGGGAAGUACAACGGCUUCAAAAGUAAUCGAAGUUUUAGAAAAUUGUUUUUGUCGUUUUGGUUCCCCAGAGAUAAUGGUAACCGAUAAUGGUCCACCUUUUGGCGCAAAUGAAUUUAAAGCAUAUUGUGAGAAAAAUUGUAUAAAACUAGUACAUUCGCCGCCAUACAAUCCAGAGUCUAAUGGGUUGGCAGAGCGAGGAGUGCAAACGAUAAAAAAAUUAUUAAUAAAGAGUUUGUGUGUAGAGAGAGAUGUAAAAAGAAUACAAUCAAAAAUUAAUAAUAUUUUAGUAUCAUAUCGUAACACACCAACAACAAGCACAGGUUGUAGUCCGUCAGAUUUAAUAUAUAAUUUUAAACCAAAAAAUCAUUUGUCCAUAUUAAAACCACCAAAUAUUGUAGAAAAGAAUAAAAAUAUUAAUGUUACUAAGUACGAAAUAAAUGAUAAAGUUCUUGUUCGAAAUAAUUCAAAAGGGCAGAAAUGGUUAACUGGACGUAUAAUGAAAAUGUUGGGAACGUGCAGUUAUUUAGUCCGGGUUGGUGAUAAAAUCAGAUUAAUGCAUGUAAACAAAUUGAAAAAGAGUUAUUUAAAUGAUGAGAUUUUCAGAACUGCUUAUUAUAUAGCAAAGAACCAACGACUUUAUACUGAUUUACCAAAGCUUGUAGCUAUACAAUCAAUUAAUGGUUUACAAAUGGGAAGAGUGCUUCAAAGUGAUAAAUCGUGUAGCAAUAUAAUUGAACACAUUUCAUUGGAAAUGAGAAAAAAAGUUUUUGAACUAAAAAAUACAUCUGCUGAAACGAUAAAGAGUGCUAUUUUACAAAAUUUAGCUUUAAAUGGAAUGGAUGAUAAUUUUUUGAAACAAAACCUGAUUGCAUUUGUAAGUGAUGGCGCAUCAGCAAUGCUUAGUAGAGUAGCAGGUGUAGGAGUUUAA